UCAUGUGCACCGUCUCCAGUAGCUGCUGGGGAAGAUGGCGGAUUGUGGCAGAGACGGCUCGUGAGGCGGCAGCUUCCGGGAUAAGAUUGUUCGGGACGUCGAAGCCCCACGGUAUAAAACUCCGUGAGCGGCUGUUUUUUAUCUAAUCACAGUUGGGCCAUCAUGGAUCUGCAAAUUAUUGCUGUUGUUUUAAAGGGAUGCCAGAUGAGACCAUUGCUUAGCCAAUUUUUACAAAAGUGGAUGGAUAUCUGUUGAGAAGAAGAUUUUUCUAAGCAAAAGUCAUCAUGGCCACAGAGAUUGGAUCCCCACCACGGUUUUUCCAUAUGCCAAAGUUUCAGCAUCAGGCCCCUCGGCAAUUAUUCUAUAAGAGACCAGAUUUUGCUCAGCAGCAAGCAAUGCAGCAACUUACUUUUGAUGGAAAGCGUAUGAGAAAAGCAGUGAACCGAAAAACAAUAGACUAUAAUCCUUCUGUUAUCAAAUAUUUAGAGAAUAGAGUAUGGCAAAGAGACCAACAGGAUAUGCGGGCAAUUCAGCCUGAUGGAGGAUAUUAUAAUGAUCUGGUGCCCCCUAUAGGAAUGUUGAACAACCCUAUGAAUGCUGUAACAACAAAAUUUGUUAGGACUUCUACCAAUAAAGUAAAAUGUCCAGUUUUUGUUGUUAGAUGGACACCUGAAGGAAGACGCUUGGUCACUGGGGCUUCUAGUGGAGAAUUCACUUUAUGGAAUGGUCUUACCUUCAAUUUUGAAACAAUAUUACAGGCUCAUGACAGUCCAGUAAGGGCUAUGACAUGGUCACACAAUGAUAUGUGGAUGUUGACAGCAGAUCAUGGGGGAUAUGUGAAGUACUGGCAGUCCAACAUGAACAACGUCAAGAUGUUCCAGGCACAUAAGGAGGCGAUUAGAGAGGCCAGUUUCUCACCUACGGAUAAUAAAUUUGCUACAUGCUCUGAUGACGGCACUGUUAGAAUCUGGGACUUUCUCCGUUGCCAUGAGGAGAGAAUUCUUCGAGGUCAUGGUGCUGAUGUCAAAUGUGUUGAUUGGCAUCCAACAAAGGGGUUGGUGGUUUCUGGAAGUAAAGAUAGCCAGCAGCCAAUCAAAUUCUGGGAUCCAAAGACUGGCCAAAGCUUGGCUACACUACACGCUCAUAAAAACACUGUGAUGGAGGUCAAGCUGAAUCUCAAUGGCAAUUGGCUGCUUACGGCGUCUCGUGAUCAUCUUUGCAAACUUUUUGAUAUCAGAAAUCUGAAGGAAGAAUUACAGGUCUUCAGAGGUCAUAAAAAGGAGGCCACAGCUGUGGCUUGGCAUCCUGUUCAUGAAGGUCUUUUUGCCAGUGGAGGAUCUGAUGGUUCUUUGCUGUUCUGGCAUGUUGGGGUUGAAAAGGAAGUGGGUGGUAUGGAAAUAGCCCAUGAAGGAAUGAUUUGGAGCUUGGCUUGGCAUCCUCUGGGACACAUUCUGUGUUCAGGAUCAAAUGAUCACACCAGCAAAUUCUGGACCCGGAAUCGACCUGGAGAUAAAAUGCGAGACCGAUAUAACUUGAACUUACUUCCAGGAAUGUCAGAAGAUGGAGUAGAAUAUGAUGACCUAGAACCCAAUAGCCUUGCAGUGAUUCCAGGGAUGGGAAUUCCUGAACAAUUGAAAUUAGCCAUGGAACAAGAACAGAUGGGAAAAGAUGAGACAAAUGAAAUUGAAAUGACUAUCCCAGGAUUGGACUGGGGUAUGGAAGAGGUAAUGCAAAAGGACCAAAAGAAAGUACCACAAAAAAAAGUUCCCUAUGCAAAACCAAUCCCUGCCCAGUUUCAACAGGCUUGGAUGCAGAAUAAAGUUCCAAUCCCUUCACCAGCUGAGCCUCUGAAUGAUCGAAAGGAAGAUCUUAAAUUAGAGGAGAAAAAGAAAACACAAGCAGAGAUAGAGCAAGAAAUGGCAGCACUUCAGUACACUAAUCCACAGCUUCUAGAGCAACUGAAGAUUGAGAGACUUGCACAGAAGCAAGCAGAACAGAGUCAACAGCAACCUCCUCCGGGAGGACCUGUUCAUGGACCCCAGCAUUUCCCAGGACAAGGUCCAAUGUCUCAGGUGCCGCAAGGAUUUCAGCAAGCCCAUCCACCUCAGCAGAUGCCAAUGAAUAUGCCUCAGAUUGGACCACCAGGGCCACAGGGACAGUUCAGGCCUCCAGGACCUCAAGGACAAAUGGGACCUCAAGGUCUUUCUUUACAUCAAGGAGGUGGUGGACCACAAGGGUUUGUUGGUCCUCAAGGACCACCACAAGGACUUCCAAGACCUCAAGAACUUCAUGGACAUCAAGGAAUGCAGAGACAUCCUGGUCCUCAUGGACCCAUGGGACCUCCAGGUCCACCAGGUAGUACUGGACCUCAGGGUCACUUAGGCCCACAAGGACCACCUGGGCCACAAGGUCACUUAGGUCAACAAGUUCCACCUGCACCACAAGUCCAUUUAGGUCCUCAGGGGCCACCUGGUGGUCAGGGACCACCUGGCCCAAGGGGGAUACAAGGGCCCCAUGGAGUACAGGGAGCUCAAGGGAUGCAGGGUCCUGUGUCCCAAGGACCUUUGAUGGGACUUAAUCCAAGAGGCAUGCAAGGUCCUCCAGGACGAGAGAACCAGGGUCCUGGCCCCCAGGGAAUGAUGAUGGGUCAUCCACCUCAAGAAAUUAGAGGACCUCAUGGUUUGUUGGGGCAUGGCCCCCAGGAGCUCAGAGGUCCUCCACCUCAGGGUUCAAUGAUGGGACCUCCACAGGAAUUGCGUGGGCCACCAGGUACACAAGGACAACAAGGACCUCCACAAGCUAAUAUGGUAGCACCUCAAGGAAAUAUGCAAGGGCCACCUGGGCCUCAAGGACAACAGAAUCCUUCAAGGGGACCCCAUCCUUCCCAGGGUCCUCCACCUUUCCAGCAACAGAAAACUCCUUUACUUGGUGAUGGUCCUCGAACCCCGUUUGGUCAGGAAGGACAGAAUCCUGGACCUCCACCAUUGAUACCAGGAUUGGGACAGCAUGGAGGACCAGGUCGUCAUGGCUCUCACAACCAAGGACCUGUUUCUAGUAAAGGUGAUUCGCGUGGUCCACCAAACCAUCAAGUUGGCCCACUCUCAGAAAGAAGACAUGACCAGAAUAGUGGUGGGCCAGAUCAUGGUCCUGAAAGAGGUCCCUUCCGAGGUAGUCAAGAAUGGAAUGAUGGUAGAGACAGUAGGGGUAUGCAAGACAGAAGGGCACCUCAUUCAGAUUUCCAUGAUGACUUUGAUCGAACAGAUGAAUUUCGUGAAGACUUUCAUCCAGACAAGCGAUUUGGGCACCGUAUACGUGAAUUUGAGGGAAGAGGAGGUCCACCUCAAGAAGAGAAAUGGAGAAGAAGUGGUCCAGGCCCUCCUUUCCUUCCUGAUCACAGGGAAUUCAAUGAAGGAGAUAGUAGGGGUCCAAACCGUGGACCUCCUGGGUCAUGGGAUGGGCGGAGAACUUCAGAUGAGCGAUUCUCUCAUGAUCCAGAGGAAACACGAUAUCGAGGAAGAAGAGAUGAAAACUUUAGGAGAGGUACACCCUCAAGGCAUGAAGGCCGAGGACCAAGAGGAAGAGAUAGUUUUCCUGGACCUGAUGAUUUUGGGCCAGAAGAAAAUUUUGAUUCAUCAGAGGAAAAUGCAAGGGGAAGAGAUCACAGUGGUCGGGGAAGAGGUCGGGGUACCCCAAGAGGAGGACGAAAAGGUCUUCUUCCCACUCCAGAUGAAUUUCCUCAUUUUGAAGGCAGAAUGGAUGGAAAUCGGGAACCAGGUCCCCGCCAAGAUCAUUCUUCUCACGAUGGACAUUCUCCUGCAAAUCGAGAACGUUCCUCCUCACUGCAAGGAAUGGAUAUGGCCUCACUACCACCCCGCAAACGACCUUGGCAUGAUGGACCAGGAACCUCUGACCACAGAGAAAUGGAAAUGCAAGCUGGGCAUCCAGAGGAGAGAGGAAAGGGACGUGGAAAAUCGGGACUUUCACAGAGAAUGUCAAAGUCUGGAAGAUCCAGUUCUUUGGAAGGAGAGCAUCAUGAUGGAUAUCAUAGAGAAGAAUUUGGAGGACCUCCAGGAAACAAUCCUUCUAGAGGAGGAAGAAGUGGGAGUAAUUGGGGAAGAGGAAGUAACAUGAACUCAAGCCAGUCAAGGCGAGGAGGUUCUAGAGGUGGAGGAAGGGGUCGAUAGAAAAGGUCAUGACUGGGAAAAACCAGUCUUUCUACUUGUUGCAGAAUCAUUGAAAAAAUAAUUCUGCAAUCCUACAAACAUGGACUCUAGAUGGAGAUAAGUGAUUGUUCAUUAGUUCCCAAGAAGGUCUUUUCCAACAUUAAAUGCCAGCUAAUAAUACCAUCACAACAACCUUUGUUUCAUUUCCACACCAUCCCAAUCCCUUGUCAUACCUGUAUUUCUUAAAUUGAUAUCUGAAGAUAAAGCUGGGUUUUUUUGUUUUUGUUUUUCCUUUUAUUGAUGUGAGACAUGGAGCACAUCCAGAUUUCAGUUCAUGUCAAGAACUUGUUUCUAUAUGUACAGUUGUCAGGAAAAGUUAAGUUGUUUUUGUAUGAAUACAGAAUGCAAUUUGUCCAAAAAUUAACAAGAGUGUGUGAUUUUUCUAUACACGUUUUCACAUAUCAUAGAGGAACCAUCUCCUAAAAUUUCUAUGGACAUUUUCUGUGUUGGAUACAUGCACUGCCACAGAACUAGCUAUCACAGCUACUUACACAAAGUUUUAAAGCCUCACAAGUUCAGUUAGCAUGUUAUAAAAAUAUAUAAAUGAAAAUCACUUUUGUUGAUUCCUAGAAAUGUCUUUUUUUUCAAUAACCAAAAUGAGCAGAAGAGUUUCAUGUAUAGAUUCCCUCCUUGGUACAUAGAGUGAGAUAUUUGUAUAUGGUACAAUAAGGACAUAUAGCUAAAAUAUAUGAACAUUGUUCUGUGAUCUGAUUAGUGACCAAUUCUGAUUUAUUCAGAAAAACAUCCCAAUAUUCUGCCAUCUGACUACUUUGAAAUGCAGUGGAAUAAGAAAAAAAGAUAGCUAACCCCUAAUGAAAACUAUUGCAGAAUCUGAAUUAAAGUCUUGAAUUUGUUGUUUCUGAAGCCAUAAUUUAACCAAACCAUUUAACAUUAUUUUUAAAAAUGUUUAGAUGAACAUAGCUUCAGAAAUAUCAAGAAAGAAUAUCUAACUUUAGUCAGAAUAUCUAGACAUAACCUAAAAAACCCUUUACAUAUUUUCCCUAUUUUCUUUAAAGGUGUAAGUACAGUUUCUUUCCAUUAUAGUACUGUAUCUGUUUUACACUUAUUUUACAAUAAAAUGUCCUCAGUUGAGAUGUUUAGUAUCCAGUAUUGUGAUUCUGAGACUCUUGAAGCUUUAUUGAUCAAAAGUUGGUUUUACACAUCACCAUAUGAUUUGCCUUAGCAUGAUAUGACAAUCCAUCAUGAUUUGGCAUAAAAACAAGGCAGAUCACUAACUUAAUAUAUAUGAUAGGAUAUAUUAUAAAGUGUAUAAACAAUUGUAGCCUGGGAAUUUCUCUUUAUUGUGUACAUAGAUGUUGAGCCAUUAAAAUACAAAUGUGAUUAAGGUCAGAUAUUAAGUUGGGAACCUAACCUUGAUAAAAAUUUAAAGUAUUUUAGAGUCAGCUGUAUAGUAAGCCAACUAAUUUAUUCAAAACACAAUGAACAAGGCAAUCUCGCUCACUAGGAGUAUGCAAAACAGGCAUAUUUUUGCAAGUAGUAAGAGUCACAACAUCAAAAUGUUUUGUACCUAAACUCCAUUUAUUAGUUAUGUAGUUAAAGAAAAGUGAAUUAAUCUAUCUUGUAAAGGACUCUUAAAUGUUUUUCUGUGAGAAAAAAUGACAAAUUCUACAAGUUUUUAUAGAACCAGUACAUAGGAUGUACAGACAUUUCUCCGUUUUUUGGUAAAUACUUAAAUUAUAAAGCCUAUUCUAUUUUGAAUAACUUUGAGUUUUCCUUACCAAGUAGAGGACAUCAAUUAGCUUUAGAAAUACCUAUUUCUGCUAAAUUUGUCUCACCACUGUAAUUAUAAAUAAACAGGAUAGCUGUUUAAAAUUAGAAUCUACAUCAAUAAAAAUUUUAGUUGAUACUUAUAGGAAAACUUACUAGUGUUAACCGUGUUUGAUUGUGAUGAUGCUUCCUUUCACUUAAAGUAAGGAGAGAACAAGCAGAGUCUAAUUUUUAAAAAAACAUGCUGGUAUUUUUUAAACUUAUUUUCUAGUCUUUACUGUAGUUAAGGAGAAGUGUAAAUUCUGUAGUCUAGGACAAUUCACUGUGGCCAAAUUGCUGCUGUCACCUCGCUACUGCCAACUUACUGCAGGACAACUCCACACAGCCAAUAAGCCAUGGGGACAUGCCGUGAACAACUGGAGAGAGUGCCAGGUGAGCAGGUGGGCAGAGCAUGGUGGGGUGGGUGGUGGGGAGCCGGCAGCUUCCUAUUUUCAUAUGCUGCUGCCGCCGCUGCCACUAUGGCAAUAGCACCAACUCUGGUGUAGUGGUGGCAGCAGCUGAGGCUAUCAUGGCAGUGGGUGUUUGAAAUGGGAAGCUCCCAGCCACCACCUCACCACUGGCUGCCCCAACAACUCUGUGUUCUGCCCACCUGCUCACUUGGCUCUCCCUCUGGCUUCCAGGCAAGACAACUGUGGCGAGUUGUCCUCACAGACAGUUGGCUGUGUAUAAUUUUCCAGUGGCAAGUUGUGUGUUGCCUUUCAGAUUUUUUUCAUUAAUACAAUAUCAUCUCAUUUUUCUUGCCCUAAACCAGUAGACAUAAAACCAAUUUUCAUCCCAAUGAAAAAGUAAGACCAAAUUUAAUAAGAAAAUAUAGAAAAUAGUAAAACAAUAACACUUUAAACAAGUUCUUGAUAAAUCUCAAGGGUUGAACAUCACAGAAAAGUAGCUAUCCUCAUAUGCGCAAGAAUUUAAAUAGUGAAUGGAAAAACUAUAGCUAGUAAAUUGGUACAUUUGGCACAAUACAGUACUUCCAUGUCCUUUGAUUGCUACUUAAAAUGUAAAAACACAUCACAUUUUAGACAUUCUAUUAAAAGUUUUUAAAAUAACUUUUUCCCCCAUAUGUUACAUUAUAUCAAGAAAUAAAACAAUUUUCUGAAAUAGAGUUCAGCAGAACUGUAAGGUUCGAUUUGAAGUUGCAGCAGUUCUAUGAGAGAC